GUAUGAACUUUAAUCUAAACACAGAGUCAGAAGAAGAAAAGAGAGCUACGGAAAAUAGAGCACAGGGCGCUGCAGCUACCGAAGAUGGUACCAAACAAGAUGGAACCACGAAGCAGAAAGCUAAUGAAGAGGGAGUUGAAGCAGGGGGUACUACACUCCCUGCUGUGGAUGCAGAGGAAUCCCUUGAGCAUGUCAGCAAAGACCGUCCUGUAUCCAUCUCAGUGUGUACAUCAGCGUCUGACUUCAACGUAAAAGGUCUUGUAUCCUUCUUGAAAGAUCUUAAGGAGCAUCAUCCGGAACUGAUCAAAGAAGUCAAGGUCCAUGCGCUACCGUACAACGAUCUCGAUCAUUAUACAUUUCCAGAGGAAAACCCGGUUGAUGUGAUGCUUCUGUGCCACUCUAUCAAAAGCAGAAGCUUUGUCAUCACAGACGUCGAAGAUGCCCUGUACGAUGAGUACCUUCCAUAUUGCCAGAGUGUCAUAGGAAAGAACAAGAUAGGGGUGAUCGUCCAUGACUUUGAUGAUGUGAGCCACACAGGUCAAUCAUCUCGCAUGGGUUCAUUCAGGUCCAAGCAACCAAAGGCCUUCGAGACUACCAGCCUUCAGAUAACAUGCGGACAUAUCGAGAAGAAAGAGCAGGUCCUAGAACAGAUGCAAAAAGCAGACCGAGAAAAGCUGCUUGUGUUCCUGAAGAAUGCGUCAAAUUUUCCCGAAGAAAUGACCGAACAAGUCACAGAGAGUCGAGGCCUUUUAAACAAAGUUGGGGAUGUGAUUGUUACAUGUGGACAAAUGGCGUCUUCCGGUAAGUAAUGCAUGACAACAUCAGUGUUGAUUUUUUUCUUCUGUGGUUUUCUUUUUUAGUUUUUUAUAACAAACAUAGCCCAUGAAAUGUCAAAGAUUGCUAAAAUUAAUGAUGUCGUUAAGUGGUCUAAACCUUCAUCGAUAAACGAGUCCUGAAAAACCGUGAUAGGAUACCAUCAGCAAAGGUGUGAUGUGACGAUUUAUUGACUGUCACUGGGCAAAAUGCAUGACAACAGAUUUCAGAAUGAUGCAAAUUGAUGCUUGGGUGCUUUUGAUGCAUACACUUAUUUUAACUCACAAUCCCGUUAUGACCCUCUUGGUACACAUUAACAAUUCAAAUUCUACUUGAACUUGCCACAGUUUUUAUAGUUGCCUAACAUAUUACCCUGAACUGGAUCAAACAAUAACCUAGAGACUUUGUCUCAAUAUUGAUCAAUUGAUAUUCAUUAUGUUCUAUUUUUUCCUGAAUUGAUUGAGUUAUACAAAUAAUAUUACUUUAAUUGAAUUGAAGAUUGAACAAAAUAUAAUUUUUAAAAGAGAAAGGCAGCUGUGAACCUUCUAUCCUAAGAAGCACACUCCCAUUACAAUUACUUAUUAAUAUGACCUCCAUAACAGUUUAACUAUCUUUUUAAUAUAUUUAUUGACGGGGCAGUCCAGACUAAGCUCAGACACAUUUGUGAAUAAGAUGUUGAAUGUGACGACAAAAUAUCUAGGAUAUCAGUAACUGGUUGGAAGAUUGCCCUGUCUAUCUGCAGUGGCCAGCUGAUAAUUGCCAGACCUGGAAAAUCCUCUUUUGUUCAGGGGGGAAACAAAGUUUUUCCCCCCGAUAUAAGCCCUAUGUAUAAUGUCA